UUGCAGCGAACCAAACCACCAAAACUUGGGAAAAGUUGGUAAAAUGGUGUGCCCCCGCAGAUAUUUCGGUUCCCGGUGAAUAUGUCGGACACGGAAGAUUACUGUGCCGCCGUAAUUAUAGCCCUAGCGACUGAUGAGCAACGGCCGGUCGUCAAAAGAAAACGGAAAACGAAAGAAGAAUGGAUAAGGAGGAGAGGACCCAGACGUGAGCCGCUGGUCGUUGAGCACAAAAUAUUGUCCGCGAUGGACUACAAAACCUACCUUCGAAUGGGCGCCGAUUCGUUUAGCGAACUCCUGGAAUUGGUCACACCUAUGAUCGUUAAACAAGACACGUUGCUGAGAGAAGCAAUCGCGCCGGAACGGAGAUUGAUGGCCACCCUGCGAUACCUGGUAACUGGUGUUUCCUUCGAACAACUGAAACACCCUACAGGCAUCGCAUCUCAAACACUGGGAAAAAUAGUGGAGGAAACUUGUGACGCUAUUGUUCACGUUUUGAAGGGUUUAAUAAAGACUCCAGCAAGCGAGGAAGAAUGGAAGGACGUUGCCGUGGCGUUUGAAAGAAGAUGGAAUUUUCCCCACUGCAUCGGAGCCAUAGAUGGAAAGCACAUCCUCAUACGUAAACCACCAGGAAGUGGUUCCUACUAUAUCAACUACCAAAAAUCUUUCAGUGUUGUGUUGAUGGCUGUGGUUAAUGCCGAUUACGAGUUUAUCUGGAUCGAUGUAGGAACCAAUGGGAAAGUUUCAGAUUCUGGAGCAUUCUCCAAAACAGAAUUUUAUAGGCGACUCGUAAAUAACGAACUAAAAAUUCCUCAGCCUGAUAAGUUACUAAAAAGUGAAAUGAACCAGCCGUACGCAUUUGUGGGAGAUGAGGCAUUUCCUCUGCUAGACAACCUAAUGAUACCAUUCAGUCGAGAUUAUAUGAGCAAAGAAGAAGCAAUAUUCAAUUACAGACUUAGACGUGCUCGUCGUAUGGCGAAGAAUACUUUCGCUAUCCUAGCAUCUCGGUACAGAAUUCUUUCGAGAGAAAUUUGUUUAAUUCCGGAGAAGGCAAACCUGAUAGUGCUUGCAUGUACCCAUUUGCAUAACUUUUUAAGAAAGAAAAAGGAUGAAUUGUAUAACGAGGGAGGCUAUGAAGUGGAGGAUACAACUACGGGGAAAAUCAUAAAUGCUGAUUGGAAGUCGGAACCAUCGUUACUUCCAUUGCAACAUAUCGCAUGCUUAAGUGUCCCAGAAUCUUCACAACAAGUACGGCUUAACCUGCUACACUAUUUUAAUAGCGAGCAAGGUUCUGUGCCUUGGCAGGACCGACUAUUCGAAUAAUAGGGAAUCAACCGAAUAAAAGAUGAUCUUGUAUUCGGCUAUUACUAUGCUCUUCUGUUUCUUCGUGUUAUGCAAGUAGUGAUACGCUAUUCUAAGUUAAUUUCAACUAAAUUUCCUGUUUUAACAAACUCUCUGGCUAGUGAAAUCGGGUGCCACAAUCUCCUGUAUUGCAGCUGGAACAAGUGCGUUUAAAUAAAAUAAAGCACUGCG